AGAUAGUGCCAUAUUCAUUUUGUCAGUAUUAAAAUGAUGGGCCCCUAGAAUCAUUCCCCUUUCCCCCCCUUUUCGGCGCCCCUGAUCACCAGGAGAACCGGUCCUGACGGUUUGUUCUUCAUCAAGCAUGAAUCAUGUCGGGUGUGGUUCCUCAGCAGAUAUUCAGGUUUCCUCUUAGACAACUGUCUAACUGUUGUACUUUAAUUUUCUCAUCUGUCAUUAGGCUCCAGAUGGAGGUGAUCACGCCCUGUUUGGACGACAUGUCUGUCAGCAGAGGAGCACCCACCUGGAGCUCAGGUGUGACCAGGAGGGCGGGGCUUUAGAUUCGUCUCCAAACUGAACGCUGAUCUGCUCUCAAAGGACCUUCUGCCUUCCAGUGCAAGCGACAGAAAGCAAACCUUUUCCAGCUGCCACCAUGCCUGACACUGCAGAGUCCCACUCCCACACUCUGACCACCAACCGGAACUGCACCAUCGAGAUCACCAACAUCACCAGUGACAUGUGUCUGGUCAACCCAAAGGUUCACAUGGAGAGCGGCUUCUCCUUCAACCCACCGCAGCCCACCGUACGACUCAACAGGCCUGAGGUUUGCUCCUUCACCAAGGACGACAACACAGCGUCGGGCGCUGUGGGCAUCCUGACCUACGAGCUGUUCAACAUGCGCACCCGCCAGUUCAGUGAGCAGAUGGCGGUCAUGUUCUCUGUGCCGUUCGACUACAACUUCUACAAGAACUGGCUAGGGAUUGGCCUCUACGAGCGCGAGCGAGCCUGCGAUAAGAAGCUGUUCGACGAGAUGUACAACGACAAGGACCAGAAAAGCUUCGUCCGCCACGAGGCCGACGGUUCGGGCGUGGUGCACAGGGGGAAGACGAUGGACGUGAGGGCCUGCAUGUCCAACGAGGGCAAGGCCAUUAUCAAGCUGGAGCUGUACGACAGGUUGGGCUGAGGGGAUAAAACGAGUCGAUGCAGAUGUUCCUAAAAGUCCUUCCACUGUAUCGGUGCUUUAAAUGAAUAAAAAAACAGUUGAAUCCA